UGAGGCUGAGAAGAUAAGACAGCAGCAGGAAAAGGUCACUGUUUGGGAGGGUUUUACGUAUCAGCAAAUUUAGUAGCUCUGUGCACCAGGAAGAAAACUUUGGAUGGAUGGAUGGAUGGACGAUUUUGUGGAAGAAAAAACAAUACAUGGACCUUCCCUCUAGCAGCAUUGAGAGAAAACCGUAACAGGAAACACUAAACUGCAACAUAAUCAAUAGGUCAAACUCUGAUUUCAUAUCCUCCAGGAAAAGGGUGCGCGGUUCCUUUAAGAGAUUCAAAACAGUCAUUUACUUCCUGUUUGCUGUGCUAGCUAAACGCACGCGAACUACUGACAAGACUCACAUAUAUGAUGAAGUAAAUUGCUGAAAACGAUAUGAAGGUGGUGUUGUGUUUAUAAAACAGUCGGUGGCGGCGUGGUAAAAGUGAUGUGCGAUAAUAUUAUGGCAGGGAGGAAAAGAAAGAUGCUAGCAAUGCCGAUAGCAGCAGCGGCACCUGAACAAGCAGUAAAUAAACACAAAAACCAGACGGAUGUGAAAUUAAAGGUCCCUCUUGCCAAGCUGAAGAAGCCCAUUGAAAAAAAUGUGCAGAGUGCUGAGACGGAGCGAAGUCAUUAUUUCACCAAGACUGACCUGCAGCACAGACUGGGACAGGAUUUCUUCAACCAGCCAUGUAUCAGUUUGGCCAAAGCGUUCCUCGGCAAGGUGUUGGUCCGCAGGUGUGCAGAUGGUGCUGAGCUGCGAGGGAGAAUAGUGGAAACUGAGGCCUACCUGGGAGGGGAGGACCGAGCUUCACACUCAGCAGGAGGCAAACGCACAGAGAGGAACACAGCCAUGUUCAUGAAGCCAGGCACAAUCUAUGUGUAUCCAAUCUAUGGCAUCUACCUCUGCAUGAAUGUGUCUAGUGAAGGGGAGGGUGCUGCCGUGCUGCUGCGCUCCCUUGAGCCCCUGCAGGGUCAGCCCAUCAUGAGGCAGCUGAGGACAGCCAGACGCAAAGAGGGAGCCCGAGAACUUAAGGACAAAGAGCUCUGCAACGGACCUUCCAAGCUGUGCCAGGCUCUAAACAUACCCCGCUGUUUUGACCGUCGAGACCUGGCCUCAGACCCGGAGGUGUGGCUUGAGAGGGACCCCAGCGUGAAUCCGGCAGAACCCUAUGAUAUUGUGUCCGCACCACGCAUUGGAAUCGAGUCCCACGGCGAAUGGGCCAAGAAGCCGUGGCGGUUUUAUCUUCGCGGGCACCCUUGUGUUAGUGUUGUGAACAAAGAGGCAGAGAGACAGUCUGAGUCUGGAAAUGUAAUGAACGAUUCAGGUCCCUCAGACAGUGUAGUGCAGUCUGACACAGGACAGCACAAUGUCAAAAGGACUCAACAGGAAUAUUCCUGAAACUACUCUGCCAUCUGUUCCCUUUGUAGGAUUCACCAUUUAGACAGAAUAAACAAAGGAUACACUACUUCUUACACAUAUGAAAUGAAUACUUUCUGAAAUAAUUCCACUAUAUUUUUUAUCAUUUCAGAAAGUCAAUAUGGUAGAAUAACCUCCAUGAUUAGUUGAGAGUCUAAAUUCUAAUCUGCAUAAAUUACACAAAAUGUUUCUCAUCCCUUUUAUGAGCUGCUGUCUUUUUCCACAAAGUGUAUUUAUGGUAACAUCGUAGUGGAAAGUAAUAGAUUAGAACUUAAGGCAGCUCGACAAAGACUAUUAAAAAAAUCGGUUCUGAAAUGUACCUUUACUCACAAGUUUCUUUCGUUCAGGUCUUCCAUGUGUGUUUUUUAGUAAAGAUUCAUACUUGGGAAAUUCUCCUCUCAGUGACUCAGUGAUUUCACAGAUGUUUGGAACCCUCUGCUUCCCUCAAAGCAAAAACAGCCUGUCUGAUGUUUAGAGUCUUCCCUUUCUUUGCU